AUGGCUCUGUGGGCGCCAGGUGAAGCCGAGCUCCAAGACAAGGUGUGCUACCCACUCGAGAGGUUCCAGAGCACCCCCCAACAACUGGCUGCUUACUACCCGCCUUUUUCUGCCUAUGGGCACUACAGGAGUGCCUUGUCCAGCACCGAGGAGGAUUUCCAGCCGCUAGGGCGUCUGGAGGCAGCGGUGUCUGCGUCCCAGGGGCUGACUCCUUUCCCCUUCCCGAUGGCAUCUCCCUUGUUGACCUCGGAUCUGGCUCUACAGAGGGAGCCACUCUAUGAUCUGGCUUGGUACAGCAAGAUGUCACUGUGGUACCCAAUUCCUCACCUCCCCAGGGAGGUGCCACACUUUCCGAGUAGCCAAGAGUACUCCAGUGCCAGCAACGAAGAUUUGGUCCCCGUUGGUGGCCGCAGCGACAGUGACCAGGGUUGUGGAACUGAUACUUCAAUUCCGCCGCUUCCUAAGGAGGCCUCCUUGUUAUCGCAGGGGCAGAAGACCUCCCAGUUAGCAUCUCGGUCCCCCAGCAAGAGAUUUGAGGAUGGUCCCAAACAGCUAGACCCAGAAGGGAAAUCACCUCCUCCCUGUUUMCACUUCACGAAGGAGGACCUGCACUUCGUUCUUUAUGGGGUUACUCCCAGCCUGGAACAGCCAGCCCGCUUCCACUAUGCGAUUUCCGGCUUACUCAUCCCCACAGACAGUUCUGGGUCUGAUCAUAUUCCUCAAGUUCCAGAUAAAGACUCACUUCAGCUUCCAGAAGGUCUCUGCAUCAUGCAGAUGAUGUUUGGUGAAAUUCCACAUUUUGGUGUGUUCUGCAGUAGCUUUAUUGCCAAAGGAAUCAGGUUUGGGCCCUUUGAAGGUAAAGUGGUCAAUGCCAGUGAACUCAAGACCCACGGAGACAAUUCUCGGAUGUGGGAGGUCUUUGAAGGUGGUAAUUUGAGCCACUUUAUAGAUGGAAAAGGUACAGGGAAUUGGAUGACCUAUGUCAACUGUGCCCGAUUUCCGAAGGAGCAGAACCUGGUUGUCAUACAGUGUCAAGGGCAGAUAUUUUAUGAGAGCUGCAAGGAGAUCUACCAGAACCAAGAGCUCCUUGUGUGGUAUGGAGACUGCUAUGAGAAAUUUCUGGAUAUUCCUGUGAGCCUUCAGGUCACUGAGCAGGGCAAGUCGCAAUCUAAUCCUUCUGAAGAAUCUGAAGAAGGUUACAGAUGCGAAAGAUGUGGGAAAGUGUUUACCUACAAAUACUACAGAGAUAAGCACCUCAAGUAUACCCCCUGUGUGGACAAGGGUGAUAGGAAAUUUCCCUGUUCCUUCUGCAAUCGAUCUUUUGAGAAGCGGGACCGCCUGCGAAUCCACAUCCUUCACGUUCAUGAGAAGCACCGGCCUCACAAGUGUUCUACAUGUGGGAAAUGUUUCUCUCAGUCCUCCAGCUUGAACAAGCACAUGCGAGUUCACUCUGGAGACAGACCGUACCAGUGUGUGUAUUGUACAAAGAAGUUCACUGCCUCCAGCAUACUCCGCACACACAUUAGGCAGCAUUCUGGGGAGAAGCCCUUCAAGUGCAAGUACUGUGGGAAAUCCUUCGCUUCCCAUGCUGCCCAUGACAGCCAYGUCCGGCGCUCUCACAAGGAAGAUGACGGUGGCUCCUGCCUCAUUUGUGGGAGAACCUUCCCAGAUUCCGAUGCUCUUUAUUGCCACAUGCAGUUUCAUGGAAACCUCUAG